AUGCAUCUUAAGUGUGGCAGUUCUGCGAGGUGCAGUGUACGCCAUAGGAGGUUACGAUUAUCAUAAAUAUCACAGAACGGCUGAAAGAUACGACUGCAAGACGAACGAGUGGUCUUUGAUCGCUCCCAUGAACACAGAGCGACACAGUACAAGUGCGGCUGUGCUGAAUGACAAAAUAUACGUCGCUGGUGGAAGAGAUGGUAAGAAUAAGAAAUAUCUAAACUCGGUGGAAGUUUAUGACCCGGACACCAACCGAUGGACGUUCGUUGCACCAAUGCAUUAUCGACGUACCGUGCAUUCUUGCGUCGCCUUCCACGGCUGUCUGUACGUCCUAGGAGGAUGCAACGACAAAUCAUGCAGGUUCAGAAUCGAAAAGUAUGACGCUGCAGAAGACACGUGGACCGAAAUCCCUUGGAAUAUCUUCUAUUCGGGUUGCACAGAAGUGAUCGACGAUAUGAUCUUUGUCAUCCUUAAUUAUUAUAACCCGUGCAGCAACUUCAACCGUGUCGCAUGUUUCAAUGACAAGGAAAAUCAAUGGUUUGUUUCUUUGUUUGUUUGAUUCUUUGUUUGGUUGUUCAGGGCUGUAUAAUCACAAACUCUUACUUUCGAAAAGCUCUUGGAAGUGAAUCAUUUCCGUUCAAGAUAACCGCGAUCUUGCGGAUGCAGCGCCUUGUAGUGUCGAAGAAAGUGACCGACGUUUCAGAGGUUCUUACUGCUUACUCAGGGCCUCGAAUAAGAGCGCGAAAAGUGUUUGAGAGGAAGGGGGUAGAUUGAAAGCAGGCAGGGCGAUGUUGCGGUCAAGCUGAAUCCUUAGAGAAGAGGGCGAAUGUCUAUGCAGUUAACGACGCCUACGAUCUUAUGUUCCCAUUUUUCAUGGACUUUUACUUGGAAGUGGCUGUUGAGGGAGUACGUAAGCAGGACUAAAAACAUCCUGAAGGCAGAUUUCUUCAUACUAAUUUGUGCAAGAGCCAGAAAUUCAUUUCAUUUUAGUUUGUUGUCUGUUUUACAUCUAGCAGAACCUCUCCGGAAAUAUUUUUGGUUGGACAAAUUUUUUUGAAAAUAUAUUGCUAAAAGAGGGAAAUAUUGUUAUGGGCGCAUGUCUCAAACAAAACACGCUUAUCUCUCCAAAGAAAGUGUGUGAUUAAAUUUAUUAUUCUGACCUAA